ACCACCUAUCUCAUUCCCUACACGAGGAUCAAGAAGCCACGACAUCCAGUCCACGCAGGAAGCUCAAGCACUGUUAGCGCACAUAAGGAAAGUCGCGCCGAAUACCAACCCAACCUUGCCAGCUGACGCGGCCCACGAGGAGACAGGCCACGGAGGAACCUGACGUGGCUUUACUCAUUUUAUCCUCCUUCCCGAGCGAUGGUCUGAGCGGGGCGGACUAGGGCCUGGUACAAGGGAGUGUGAGAGGACGGCGGAGGAGCGCGACGAAGUGAACUGUGCUAUCUAUCGUGCUUAUUUCGUGACUAGGAACAACAGUAAUUGAGGUUGUGCCGGUUACUGUAUAAGAGAACUGGGCAAAAAAAAAAGCUUGAGUCUCUGUUAAAGAAGAACGAAGAGUGAGGACUUGGGAUUGAAGAAAGGAGCAUCAAGCACCAGGCCAAGUAACAAGUCUUCAAUGGACGAUGACUGUUCGCGAGGGAGGGCGUGUUGGUGGACAGGUCACUAUAAUCCAGUUCCGUACAUCAAUAAAUACUACCGUAGUCACAACAUGCUGCGCCACCGCUGAUGUUAUGAAAAAACAACACGAAAAAUACAACAUGGGGGCAGCUGGAAAAAAACAGCCCCACCCAAUGGCGAUGACGCUGGUGAUGGUGGCAGUGGUGGUGGUGUCAGUGGUGGGCGGCGUGAGUGGGGAGCAGCCUAGAGUGGAGACGCCGUCGGGUGUGUUUCUGGGGGAGGAGCACAUCUCGGCACGCCAGGGGAGGAGGGUGUUCGCCUUUACGGGGAUUCCUUACGCCAAGCCUCCCCUGGAUGACUUGAGAUUCAGGAGACCCUUUCCUUACGGCCCACACCACCAGCCCUUCAACGCUACUGGGGAAUCUCCACCUUGCCUGCAGUGGGACACCCUGAGAGGCCGAGGCUCCGUGGGACAAGAGGACUGCCUCUACCUCAAUGUUUACACUAAUAUGAUCCCACAGCCGCCACAAUACCUUAACACCCAGCCGGUGAUCGUGCUGCUCCACGCCGGCACCUGGCUGGCAGGGGGCGGGGGAGAUGGUCUCUUUCAGCCAGACUACAUGAUCGAAUCAGAUGUUACGGUGGUUACUCUCAACCAUCGCCUAGGGCCCUUUGGAUUCUUGUCAACUGAGGAUGAGGAGAGUCCGGGGAACUACGGCCUCAUGGACCAGAUCCUCGCCUUGGAGUGGGUGCGGGACAACGUGCGCUACUUCGGCGGUAUGAACGACACGAUCACUGUGAUGGGGUCCGGUGCCGGUGGCAUGAGCGCUCACCUGCUGCUUCUGUCACCCCUCUCCCGCGGCGCCUCACUCCACAACGAUCAUUCCGCUUUGAUCCAAGGAGCGAUCUCACAGAGCGGCACUGCAUACAGCCCUCACGCCAUCGUUAGGAAGCCUCGCGGGUUUGCCUUCAAGCUGGGCCUUCACUUGGGCUGCACCACCCCCAGCUCCAAGGAUCUUGUUAGCUGCUUGCGCUCCAUCUCGGCCGAUGCCAUCAACAAGCAGAUACCGUCGCUCUUCGAGUGGGACGAGGAGCCUCUUCCCUUUGGUCCCGUGAUUGACACUUGGCGAGGAGACGAAGCUUUCCUGCCGGACGAGCCGCACCACCUCAUCCGUCACGGCCAGUUCCUGCACGUGCCCUGGAUGGUCGGCACCAACAGGAAUGACGGAGCCUUCAGGGUGCAAGACAUCCUAAAGGACCCCAGCCUGACGGCAAACCUCAACAAACAGUGGGAAAAGUAUGGUCCCCUUCUGUUGGACUUAAAAGAAACCUCUUGCAAAGACCCAGUCGACAUGGCCAACAAGAUACGCAACCACUACCUUGGCAAGAAGAAAUUUGGCGAGGAGUCAUCCGCUGAAUUUGUUGAGAUGAUGACAGACCGCUUCUUCCUAUAUCCUACUGACCAAGCAGCUAAGGACCACUCCUACUACCUUAGGGAACGGCACUGCUACAGGUACGAGAUGGCAUACACUGGCCGAAAGUCAUUCCUUCACAUUCUACAUCAAGACUCCCCACAGGAAGCCACCGCCUCGCUGUUUGGAGCGGCCCCGUCAAACCCUCGCUUCCAGAACACUCGUGACGCUCUUGGGUGGGGCGUCAGCUUCCUGGAUGAACUGCUUUUCCUCUUCCCGUCCAGUAAACUCGAUUUUGUCUACAAGCAAGAUUUUGGGUCCGACUUUGCAUCUAGGGUGUCCACGCACAUGAUUAUGCUGUGGACCAACUUUAUUAAGGGCGGCGACCCGACGCCCAUAAUGAAGGACUGGCCAGACGACUUAUCGCCGUGGGGUGCGUGGUGGGAGCCGUACAUGAGCGGCACGUUCUAUUACAUGCAGAUCGACCCCGAGAUGGAAACCCAGGACCAUCCUCUCAGAGAAAAGCAAAUGUCCUUCUGGAAUGACCUGCCGCUCUAUGAGAAUCGCGACCACAAUGUUCUUCGGGAUGAGUUGUGACGCCCUUCAGUUCUUCAAUUCUUACCUCCGGUCCCUUCUUCAGAGCUUUUUGUAUUUCCUCUCCCUUAAGGAAAUUUGUACGAAAAAAAAAGAAAUUAGAAAAAGGAAACUAUGCCUUAAUAGUGUCUCGCUUCAUUUGUUCAAUAGUAUAUCAGUUCCUGAGUAUUGAGAAGCUGUCCCUAGCACUGACUCUCUUCACGAGUGCCCACUUGAGAAACAGAGAUGUGCAUCCGAGUCAAUAUUAACGACAUCACAACACAAAUAUGAACUUUACUACGAGACUGACAACUGGCAAGGUGCACCCGAGACACCUUAAUAGUAGUAGUAGUAGUAGUAGUAGUAGUAGUAGUAGAAUGGUAUUAUUAAACAAAAUCCUUGCUUUUUAUAUUCUUUAUUCUCCUUUGUGGUGAUGGAAAAAGUAAUCAACAAUGUGAUGAAACUGUGCUAGUGUGAAUAAAUAUGUAAUAAAUAUAUGAUAUUAAACACUAUUUACAUGA